CAAUCAUCAGAAACGAUACCGGACUUUCCUGCGCCGCUGAACCUAGCCGAUAGUCAGGAGGGUUUAUCUUGCUUUGGUGGUGGUAGGAAGGAAACAUAAGAAGAGCGUCAAAAUGAUGGAAUCAGACAUACUGAAGUUCAUCUGCGCCAACCAAGGAGCAGUUAACACUGAUUAUUUGGUGUUUAAUCUCAGCUCAGGCGAUUCAACGAAUGUGUUGGACGUAAUUAAGAACCGAGAGAAAUUUGCUUCGUGUUGCAUUAACGGGCAGCCAAAGGUGGUGGCGAGGACCAGGCUGAGACUGUGUAGAGCUAAAGACUGUCAGGGAUCAUGUAGGGGGCUACACGUUUGUAAAAACUUUCUCUUCACCGGAUCCUGUAACUUCACUACGUUGAGGAGAGUAUGUACCUUCUCCCAUGUGCUGGACUCUGAACACAAUCGGAUGAUACUAAAAGAGCAUGAGCUGGAGACUCUGACCAGGGCGGAACUGUGCACGCUGCUGCUGCAGAGCGACGAGUGGCUCCUCCCUCCCAUAUGUUAUGAUUACAACAAUGGCGAUGGGGAGUUCGGCCGUUGUGGUGAUGGUAAUGGUUGCAAGAGACUGCACAUCUGUGAGCGGUUCCUGAACCAUGACUGCAGCUGCUCCAGGACUCAUGAUUUUUGUGCUCUACAACCAUUAAAAAGCCUGCGCGAUAAAGGCGUGCCUGAUGAUCUUUUACGUUCCUUGAAAGCAAUAUAUGCAAAUAGACUUACUUUGAAGUGCUCUGAUAGAACUGAUGAUAAGGGAAACAGGGGCACCCGCCAUGAUUGGCAACCGAAGUCUUGCACCAGGGAAUUCUUUGCUGCUGCCAGCACUGAUGUGAGCAGUGACAAUGGUCUGAAUUUACCUCAAAGAGAAACGCACAGAGGGAGAGGGAGAGGGAGAGGUGGUCCCCGGGGCAACCAGGGCAACAGGGGCAAUGGAAGCAACAGGGGAAACUGGAGUAGCAGGGGCAACAGAGGCAACAGAGGCAACAGAGGCAACAGAGGAAACCAGGGCAACCGUCACCUAAGCCAACGAGCCUGUUCCACCAGUGACAUCCCUGGCUUAGAUUCGGUAAACCUGAUUGACAUUGGAGCAAGUGAAGGCAACAGUGACCAGCAGGAACUAAAUUCCUCCAACAGUGACAUCUUUGCUGCUGCCAGUGACACUGAUGUGAGCAGCGAAGACGGUCAGAACAGAAAACAAACAGGAAACCUAUGUAAAACUUCAGCAGCUGUCAGAGGGAGAGGUGGCAAUCCCGGCAGCAGGGGCAAUAGAUGCAACAGGGGCAACCAUCAACAGCUGCAAACAUCCCAUGCCACUACUGACAUCUCAGCCACUGUGGACGGCUAUGCAAACAGUGAUGAUGGGCCAAGAGAAAAGCAAAGGCCUGUCAGAGAUAAAACUGAGAUAUGCAUGUACUUCAUCAAAGGAUACUGUAAACAUGAGGAGAGAUGUUUCAAGGCUCAUGACACGAUGCCAUACAGAUGGCAGGUCAGAGAGAAUGAUCAGUGGACCUCCCUACCUGAUAAUGAGAUGAUCGAGAAGGACUACUGUGACCCUAGCAAAACAUACAGUAGCAGCAGUAACAGCAGCCCACCUGUGCAUUUUGACACGAUGACCUGUGGAUCGAACAAAGUACGGCGACUCUCAACCAUUAACUCUUUGCGCGAGCCAACCUUCAUCCAUACCACCGAGUGGGUUUGGUACUGGGAGGAUGAGGUCGGAAAGUGGACCAUGUAUGCUUCAGCUGAUGGUGGACACAAACCAGCAGACAUGGACAGCUCUAAACUGGAGCAGAAGUUUCUGGAAAAUGACAAAGACGUGGUGGAGUUCAAAGCCGGUUCACAGUCAUAUUCACUCAGUUUCCAUGACAUGAUACAAACAAACAAGCAGUAUGGCACAAAGAGAGUUGUGAGAAGACGGCCCAGGUUUGCUUCUGCGGAAGAUGUUCGAGCAAGGAGAGUGAGAAAGCCUCUUGCUCAAGGAAAUUUUGCCCCCAUACCAGACCACUGGGACAAGACCCAGGUCCCUCAAACAGGGUACAAGCGUGUCCCCCUCCAGAACUCCUCAGGUGAAUUUAAGGAGAUUGAAGUGCUUUUCCACGAAACUAUGAAAGGCUUUGACAUUGUCAAAAUUGAGAGGAUUCAGAACAAAGCUCUUUGGGAAGUCUUUCAGUGGCAGAAAACACAAAUGAAGAACAACAAUGGUGGGCGCAACGUGCUAGAAAAAAAGCUCUUUCAUGGCACGGACAAUAAAUACGUGGAUGUAAUCUGCCACACCAACUUUGACUGGAGACUCUGUGGAACUCAUGGAAUUGUUUAUGGCAAAGGUAGCUAUUUUGCACGGGAUGCCAAAUACUCCCACAACUACACCAGUAACUCUGACGUCAGAUGUAUGUUCAUCGCACGGCUGCUGGUGGGAGACUACACCAAGGGGUCUUCUGACUACUGCCGGCCCCCCUCCAAGGAUGGUGGGGACAUAAACUUCUUUGACAGCUGCGUAGACAACGUUAUAAAUCCUUCUAUAUAUGUUGUGUUUGAGAAGCAUCAGAUCUACCCUGAGUACUUGUUGGAGUACAGGACCACACACCCGCUUGUUGAGUUAUAUAGCACUACAUCGGUGCAGACACCCAAACCAGUACCAACGGCAAGACUAACUCCCCAACCAAGCAUUUCAGUUUAUAAACCGAGCACAUCCUCAUACCAAUCGAGCACAUCCUCAUACCAAUCCAGUGCAUCAACCUAUAAACCCAGCACAUCAUCGUACCAGUCCAGCACAUCGUCAUACCAGCCCAGUGCGUCAACCUAUAAACCCAGCACAUCGUCGUACCAAUCCAGCACAUCGUCAUACCAAUCCAGCACAUCGUCAUACCAGCCCAGUGCGUCAACCUAUAAACCCAGCACAUCAUCGUACCAAUCCAACACAUCGUCAUACCAAUCCAGUGCAUCAACCUAUAAACCCAGCACAGUCCCCUAUAUGUCCCAACUCUCAAAGUCUUCUCCACCUUCACCAACCCCGAGAGCGAAAAAAGAGUCUGAUUCAUCCUGUGUCAUUGCUUAGGGACAAAGGUACAGUUGAGGGUAGGUGUAUUUUGUCAUGCAGAAUGUUCAGGGUUAUAUUGCUGAUUAUUGACAUUAAUAAAUAUUAGUAGUGGAAUGUCUUUUUGUUAUACACAAGACAGUGUCACUUAAAAGACAGUGGACUUCAUAAUCAAAUGAAAAUAGUCAAGUAGAAAAAAAAAUACAUCUAACAGGAAAUAUUAAUGACAACUGCCAGUUUUUACAGUCGCCAAGUUUUCAUCUACAUUUAGCACAAAUUUAGUACAAAUUUCCAGAAAUUGCAACAGAAUGUCCGUUCCCAUCCACUACUGCUCUGUGAUUAUUAGGAGUUCACAGACAGAUAAACAGCUGAUGGUGCAAAUUCUUCAGUCGGGUCCCAUUAAAACACUGCAGAAGAAGACUGAUGGAGAUAUGACAUUUGAUGUGGAGACUGUGACCUGAUUUUUAUGAUUGAUUCACUUAAUCUGUUUCUUUUGCAAUUUGUCACGUUUUGCUUGUAUCCAUAUUCUGUACAUCAAAACACAACUUUUUUUUUAAAUUUUCAGGGUUUCUAAUCAUGUUUUUUAUGCAUAAAUGGAAAAGAUGCUUUAAAAACAGGUGGCUGCUUGAUUAUAAAUUAACAUAAAUAACAUUAUAAAUAAAUUAAUCUGAAACAGAUUUGCUCGGGAAAUAUACAUCAUGAUUCCAUUUAAAUACUCAUAUUCAGAAGUUACAAUAAAGAAUACAUAACAUUUAGUAUUGAGUGCAUUAAGAUGUGCUGCAGGAUUUAAAAUUAAGCAUUGAAGUUAACAGCUUCAUUCACAAAAUGAAAAUUUGCAGUGUACGUCUCUGAUUCACAAAAUGUUUAGGGUGUAUGGUUAUUGAUUACUGAUUUGUGUUUGCUUAACAUUAUUGUUCCACUGUAGCUAAAAUAUGCUAAAACAAAUCAUUUUAAUCAUUCAUAUUCAAAUUGUUGUACUGUUUGCAAACACAAUUCAUUAUGUGCAUUGGAAAUAAACUGCGUACAGAAACAGUG